GUUGCCCGUGAACGAAAUGUGUUUUUGGCAGAAGUUUUCAUCUAAUUUACCGGUUUUUCUACAUGCUUUUUAACCGUGAAUUGUACAAAACAAGUAUACAAAACAAAAAUGCAGUAAUCCUGGUAUGGCUUUGCAAUCACCUUUGGUAUACGGACGAGUUUUUGCGUCUCAAAUCAGGUAUUUUGUACCGCGCUUGUUACGACAAGAUAAUGCAGGACACUCAUGCGGAAAUUCAAGACGUUAUACACGGCUAGUUACUGCUUAUUGUGGCUUUUCCAAGGACGUAACGCCUUCAAAUAAACGCUUCGCUUUUGGGGAAGAUGCUUUUUUCGUAGCAGAAGACAGAGCGCGGAAUGUUCUAGGUGUAGCAGAUGGUGUUGGUGGCUGGAGGCACUAUGGUAUUGAUCCUGCGGUAUUUUCUAGUGCACUUAUGGAGAACUGCAAACGUCUGAUUGAUCAGGGCUUGCUUGACAAUCCCUCCCCUGUGAGGAUCAUGACAGAAGCAUACCAUGACAUUUCUGAAAAUAAGGAACCUUUGUUUGGCAGUUCAACGGCGUGUAUUGUUGUACUGGAUAAAAAGAGCAGCACUUUGCAUUCGGCAAAUCUUGGAGAUUCUGGAUUUCUUGUUAUACGAAAGCAGAAUAUUGUUCAUUCCUCAUUGGGGCAACAGCAUUAUUUUAACACUCCUUUUCAACUGGCCGUACCACCACCUGCUCAAGAAGGAGAUGUUAUACAAGACACUCUAGACUCUGCAGAGGAAACUUCAUUUGCAGUAGAAGAAGAUGAUGUUGUUGUUUUGGGAACAGAUGGGCUUUUUGAUAAUUUGACAGAGAAACAAAUACUUGACGAAGUUUCAAAGUUAAAGGACAACUCUGCCAAUUCCAUUCAGUCUGUAGCAGAAUCUUUAGCAAACUUAGCAAGAACUUUAUCAUUUGAUCCCAAUUAUCUCUCCCCAUUUGCCAAACAAGCCAGGAUGCAGGAGGGUAUCGAGGCGAUAGGAGGGAAACCCGAUGAUAUCACAGUACUUGUAGCUAUAGUGUCCCUUGCACCCACUCCAGUGUAGAUUUUUAAAUGAUUAGUUGGUUUCUAAAAGAUACGUUCCAAUAUAACCAGGAAACAGCUUGGCAGCGUCUUCAAACAACAUAGCAUCAAGUGUGGUAUAACAAUUGUCUAAAAUAGACAAAACACCUAUUAAUUAAUUAACUCUUACUAACUCGCCUGACGAAGGCCCUCAGGUCAAAAUGUCGAGAAGUGUUUUGUCUAUUUUAGGCAGUUGUUAUACCACAUUUGAUGCUAAGGCAUUGUAAUAUCUGGCUAUGUAGAUUUUUACUGGUUGAUUCUCUGUUUGUGUGUGGCAAUGAGGAUUGUAUAUGUGUGUCCCCUCCUGUUUUCAAACUUAUGCCCUAUGCAACAACAGAAACAGGAUAGGGUGGCCACGCACAUGACAGGGAAUCACCCAUGCAUGAAAAUAAUAAACAUUUUGAUCACAAGCUGGCAUCUUACUGAAACCAAGCUUGUUUUAUAGGAUUUAGGUAAAAUAUUUAUAUUAUUGUAAAUAUAUAUUAAAGAUUGGUUUGUCAUAGUUGGGAAUAUUUAAAGGCAAAUAUAAUAUCUAGAAAUAUAUUAAUUAUUUUCCCUGAGUGUGUAUUUUGUGAAAAUCUUGCCUCGUUGUGAACCAGUUUAAGCAAUGUUCUUGUCACAUCAAUAUCUACAAUGUUGUAACUCUCAAGCUUUUGAUCUGCACAAGAAUAAAUAAAUUUUGAUGUAUAAUAAGUCAACAGCCUUGUAGAAAAUUAUUUGAUGGGAAAAAACAUUGUGAAGUUUUGGAAUACAAGUUGGCAGGUUUUUUAUCAAUAAUUUGUGCAUUUUUGUCUAGGAAGACAUUGAUAAGGACCAUACGAUGUACAUGUAUAUACGAAUAUAAAGUCAAAUAAAUUUAACAUAGCAUUAUGUUUGAGAUUAAUUUUUACAUUUGCAUUUACAUGUACAUAAGUGGUAAUAACCAUAUUUUACACCUAGUUACAGGUACAUCGAUGAUGCUAAAUGUAUAUGUGUGGUAAUUACAGGUACAUCGAUGAUGCUAAAUGUAUAUGUGUGGUAAUUACA